GGUUUCGGUUUUGCUCUCCUAACCUGCGUGUGUUCAUUCUGCCCAUCCACCGAUGACGUUUUUGGUGUUCCAUUUGCUAUUGGGCUGCAGAGUCCGAGUGCAGCCAAUCAGAAGUUAAGGAUUCGCCCAUAUAUAUAUUAGCCGGGGUACUUUAUUUCAGGGAUCUUUGGGCUUCCUCUGCCCCGGCACCAUGGAGCCUUCUCUGCUGUCGCUCUUUGUGCUGGGGGUUGUGGCCCUGACCGAGACCCGGGCAGGCUCUCACUCCAUGAGGUAUUUCUACACUGCCAUGUCCCGGCCUGAGCUCGGGGACUCGCAGUUCAUCUCGGUGGGCUACGUGGACGAUCAGCAGUUUGUGCGCUUCGACAGCAGCAGCGAGAGUCAGAGGAUGGAGCCCCGGGCGGCCUGGAUGGACAAGGUGGACCAGGAGGACCCGGACUACUGGGAGCAGAACACACAGAUCAAUAGGAGGAAUGCACAGACUUACAGAGUGAACCUGGAGACCCUGCUCGGAUACUACAACCAGAGCCGGGGCGGGCUUCACACCAUCCAGAGAAUGUAUGGCUGCGAGGUUCACCCUGAUGGCAGCUUCAGGAAGGGGUUUUACCAACUCGCCUACGAUGGACGCGACUACAUCGCCCUGGACAGGGAGACCCUCACGUGGACAGCAGCAGAUACUGGAGCUGAGAACACCAAGCGCAAGUGGGAGGCAGAGAGGAGCUUCACAGAGGGACAUAAAGCCUAUCUGGAGGAGACCUGCGUGCAGUGGGUGAAGAAGUACCUGCAGAUGGGGAAGGAUGUUCUGCUGAGGACAGACCCCCCUUCUGUCAGAGUGAGCCGGCACAGCGGCCCAGACGGGGAGGUGAGCCUGCGGUGCCGGGCCCAGGGCUUCUACCCUGCCGAGAUCUCCCUGACGUGGCUGCGGGAUGGCGAGGAGCAGCUCCAGGACACGGAGUUCAUUGAGACCAGGCCGGGGGGAGAUGGCACCUUCCAGAAGUGGGCCGCUGUGGCCAUGGCCCCGGGCCAGGAGGACAGAUACAGCUGCCGGGUCCAGCACGAGGCCCUGGCCCAGCCCCUCAGCCUGAGAUGGGAGCCCGAGGCCUCCUCCGUGUGGGUCAUUGUGGGGGUCACUGCUGGGGUCCUGGUCCUGGUCACUGCAGUGGUGGCUGGAGCUGUGAUCCUGAGGAGAAGGAAUUCAGGUGGAAAAGGAGGAGCGUAUGUUCCAGCUGCAGACAAGGACAGCGCCCAGGGCUCAGACGUGUCUCUCACAGUCACAGCUUGAGAGAAUCUCCUUGUGCAGAGCUGAGGAAAAAUCCUGGAGAUGUUGAAGGCUGCGUUUCCUGUCUUGUUCCUGUUGACCUCUGGCCUCUCUCCCCAUCACUGGCCCCUGGGAUCAUUACUGUAAUCUAGUGAUCCAUCCCCAGGAAGAAUCAUUGCUGCCCUCACCCUGUUAUCUAAGAUCCCCCCCUGCCUUCUCUCUGCUUAUCUCAGUUUGCAGGGAAACAGCCAGCACUGAGGGCCAGAUGGGGCUAGAAACGAGCUUCCUUCACACUGGAGGCUGCACUGAACUCUGUGAUUUUUUCCCUUCUGUAAAAAAUGAAUCAUGAAUUAUUUUCUUGAAUCUUCUUCUUUCCCCCAUAAUCUCCAUUGAAUUUCGUGAGCACAAACCAGGUCCUUUGUGCGGCUCCUGUAAGUCAUUACCUCCGUGCUUCACGAGGAAAGCUCUCCUGAUCCCCUAGUCUGUACCCAAAUCUCUCUACCAGCAGAGCUGUGAGGAAAUAAACGUCUCCAUGAUUCAC